AUGGCAACCCCACAACAAGCAGCGACUCAGGUGACAGCUGUAGCCGAACCACCGAAGUCAAAAGGCCAAGCCGCGGCGAAAGUCUUCUCGACCACUGAGCUGAUGGAAACCGUCCUGCUCAAUCUUUCCGCUCGCCAGCUCUUCGGCACGCAACGCACGUGCAAAGCUUUCAAAAGCACUAUCGAAGGCUCUGUCAAGCUCCAGCGAGCCAUGUUCCUCAUGGGUGAUACAUCAAUCACAGACGGCCCAGACGAAUCGAAUUUCAACCCCCUGCUCCACGAGCUAGUCUUCGCGACUGCGAGAAAGAGCGUCAAGGACGUCCGUGGCGUCAAGUUUCGCUCACACAAAAACGAUCACGGUCUCUCGCCGGGCAGUACUACGGUUCUGUUCGAAGUGGCAAAGAAACAGCGGCGGCCGGGUGACAAGGCGAGGAGCGCUGGGCGGCGGAGGCCAAAGGGCAAGAUGAAGACUGUCCAGUACCGCAAUUUCAAGAAGGGUGGAUUGUGGGACCAGAAGUCGUGGCGCAAGGCCAUGCUGAUGUGGCCUGCUCCGGCCGGACACUUCGAGAUUGGCCUCGACCCAAGCAAUGCGACCGUCCUCAAGCUCGAGGAGCCCAUCCGCAUGCAAGAUUGGGCUCCUGGUGAUCAGCAGCCAUGGAACCUUGUUACUCUGAGCGAGGUUGCUGACAGACUUGAGGAUAUGCUUUGCGUUGAGCUCGAGAGACAGGCAGAAGUCCUUGAGAGUUAG